CGUUCAAUGCUUUUUUAGGUUAUGGAUGUUUUAUCCUGUAGUUGCCCAUCAUUUUAUUAGAAACGAAAGUAGUAAAUAAAAAAUAAGUUAUAUUUUGAAUCAUUACAAUACACUAUGAAAUACUGGAAUUUUCAGGGAAUCAUUUGUGAUUUUUGCUUUAAAAACUUCGCACGACCAAGUAAAAUGCCAACAGUGACUAAUAGGCCUAGGCCUUGGUCAAUGGUGUUAUCAAAUAAAUACUACUGUGUUGACACAAAAAAUAUUAAAUCUAAGUUAGAUCUGAGCAAAGGACCUUCAUUAAACGAAUUCAUUAGACUUGGCUCGUGGAACAAUAAAGUAGGCCUAAUAACCAAACCAAUUCCAGAAACAAUUCCCUACACAAAUAGUUCAGACUUUCACAACAUCAGCCUAAAAGUUUAUUUCGAUGUCCACGGAUGUCAGAUGAAUGUGAGCGACACGGAAAUUGUCUGGUCGAUAUUGAAGUCAGCUGGUUUCAUUAAAACCGAAGUGCUGAAUGAAGCAGAUGUAGUGUUAAUUAUGACAUGUGCUAUUAGAGAAGGAGCAGAGAACAAAAUAUGGAACAAACUUGUGAAUAAUUUAAAAUAUUUGAAAAAAGAUCGCCAAAAACAACCUGAAAAGCCUUCUCUCAAAAUUGGAGUCUUGGGUUGUAUGGCGGAAAGGCUGAAGCACACAUUGCUAGAAAAAGAGCAAUCAGUAGACCUUGUUGCUGGGCCAGACAGCUAUAAAGACUUGCCUCGACUCUUGGCCUUGACCUACAAUGAUCAGACUGCAGUCAACGUACUCCUCUCUCUGGAUGAAACAUAUGCUGAUGUGAUGCCAGUCAGACUGAACGAGGGGGCCAAGUCUGCCUUUGUGUCUAUCAUGCGAGGAUGUGACAACAUGUGCACCUACUGCAUUGUACCAUUCACUAGAGGUAGGGAGAGGUCCAGACCUGUGCAGUCCAUUGUCAAUGAAGUUGCUCAUCUUGUGCAGCAAGGUGUUAGAGAAGUAACUCUCCUCGGUCAGAAUGUGAACAGUUACCAAGAUCUAUCUCAAGACUCGUACUACAUGAGUGAUCAAACUGCUGAGACAGUGAAAGGGUUUAAAACUGUCUACAAACCUAAGAAACGGGGCCUCAACUUCGCUCAACUGUUAGACCGAGUUUCAGCCAUUGAUCCAAACCUGAGGGUCAGAUUUACUUCUCCUCAUCCGAAGGAUUUUCCUGAUGAAGUUCUACAAAUAAUCCGUGAGAGACGCAACAUCUGCAGGAGUCUUCACAUUCCCGCACAGUCUGGAAAUUCCUCAGUCCUCGAGCGUAUGAGAAGGGGAUACUCCCGGGAAAGCUACCUGGAUCUGAUCCUGCAUAUCCGGGAAGUCCUCCCCGGAGUCGCUAUAUCCUCCGACUUCAUCUGUGGAUUUUGUGGUGAAACAGAAGAGGAGUUUGAGGACACCCUCAGCUUAGUGAAACUAGUCAAAUACAACUUUGCAUACAUAUUUCCCUACAGCAUGCGAGAGAAAACCACUGCCCACAGAAGAUUCAAGGAUGAUGUUCCGCAAGAAAUUAAGACCUUAAGAGUAGACAGAUUAGUUUCACAGUUCCGGAAAGAUGCUGAACAACUGAAUAAAGCACAGAUUGGAAGUGUGCAACUUAUUUUAGUUGAGGGGGACAGUAAAAGAUCCAAAGAGCACUUGGCAGGGAGAAACGAUGGUAACACCAAAGUUAUUGUUCCAAAGGUCGACAUCCCAGAAGACUCAUCGGGCCCAACUAAACCUAUCAGUUCUGGCGACUAUGUGGCUGUCAAGAUUACAGAUGCUUCGUCCCAAGUUCUCAAAGGCGUACCUCUUUACCACUCGACUUUGGAAAGAUUCAACCAAAGUUCAGAAGCAUUCAAAUCAUCAACAAUAUAUGGAUAGUUUGUAUAGCAUUAACGUACAGUAUUAAAAUGUAGAUAUUGUAAUUAAUAAGAGUGUUUGUUUUAUUUA